GCAACAGUUGCCUUGAGACCCCGCCGCGCUAUAGUGACUGUAGCCGUGGAGACAGUUACUUACCAACGGGCGCAACACUCAGCAACAGCAGCAGCAGCAUCUGGAAGUCACCGAGUGAGUUGGAGAGAGGGAAAGAGAGCAGAACUUUUCUCAAGGCAAAGCAUGCAGAACUCAGAAGCAGCGUCAGACCCCCCCACUGGUGUGGCAACACUACGGACAUCAUCAUCGGCCCAGGCUCCUGUGGUACAGCCUGUCCCAGCCUCCCAGCAGAGGGUGCUGGUUCAAGCCACAGGCUCAGCUCAGAAAGGAGGACAAGUAUCAGUAUCCAGGGUCCCCCAGCAGCAGGUACAACAUGUCUACCCAACUCCAGUACAAUAUGUAGGAGAAAGCGGAGAAGCAGUUUAUACCAACGGAACUAUCCGAACGGCCUACUCCUACAACCCGGACUCCCAGCUGUACGGACAGGGCAGCGGGGGGGCCUACUUUGACUCUCAGGCCGGAGGAACCCACGUCACCACGGUGGUGUCCUCCGCCAGCAGUGGCGUGCCGCCUCACGGCAUGGUGGGCAUUGCCAUGGACGUGGGCAGCAGCCACAUCAUUUCCAGCGGCAGCACCUACCUGCUGCACAGCGGCGGCAUGGAGGGGAACCGCAACCACAUCUCACACUCGUCUCGCUCCUCCUCAGCCAUGCUUGAAAUGGCGAUUGAAAACCUCCAAAAGUCUGAAGGAAUUGCAAGUCACAAAAGCAGCCUGCUCAACAGCCAUCUUCAGUGGCUGCUGGACAACUAUGAGACGGCGGAGGGAGUGAGCCUGCCCCGGUGUUCCCUCUACAACCAUUACCUCAGGCACUGCCAGGAGCAGAAACUGGAUCCGGUUAACGCAGCGUCCUUCGGGAAGCUCAUCCGCUCCGUCUUUAUGGGCCUAAGGACGCGGCGCCUCGGCACCAGAGGCAACUCCAAGUACCAUUACUAUGGCAUCCGGGUGAAGCCAGACUCUCCCCUGAACCGGCUGCAGGAGGACACCCAGUACAUGGCGAUGCGGCAGCAGCCUGUCCACCAGAAACAGAGGUUUAAGCCUCUGCAGAAGGUGGAUAGCAUGUCUGACAGUCUGUGUGGAAGCUCUCAGCACUGCAGCAGCACCCCAGAGCAGUCGGUGGCCGCUCAAACCCAGCAGCACCAGCAGUACAUCGACACGUCUCACGCCUUACCUCCGUUUCCUUCUCCGGACCUGGGCACGCAGCCUCUUCCUGAGCGCAUCAGCAUGACUGAUAUUAAGAAGCUGCAGACGCUCUACAGAAGCCACUGUGAGGCUACUUUGGAUGUGGUGAUGAAUCUGCAGUUCCACUAUGUGGAGAAUUUCUGGCAGAACUUUUGGAAUGCAGCAGCGCCAUCUAGUGACGGCAGCACAACCAUCCCCAGCAGUGAUGAUGACCUGGAGCGAGUGAUUCCCAGGGAGAAGCUGGUAUCUCUGUGCAAAUAUGAACCGGUCCGGCUAUGGAUGAGGAGCUGCGACCACAUCCUGUACCAGGCCCUGGUGGAGAUCCUCAUCCCUGACGUGCUGCGCCCCGUUCCCAGCACUCUCACUCAGGCCAUCAGAAACUUCGCCAAGAGUCUGGAGGGCUGGCUGACGACCGCCAUGACCAGCUUCCCACAAGAGAUCGUUCGCACCAAGGUGGCGGUGGUCAGUGCGUUCGCCCAGACUCUGAGGCGUUACACCAGUCUGAACCACCUGGCCCAGGCGGCCCGCGCCGUCCUGCAGAACACCUCCCAGAUCAACCAGAUGCUCUCCGACCUCAACAGGGUGGACUUCGCCAAUGUCCAGGAGCAGGCGUCGUGGGUCUGCCAGUGUGACGAGGGCGUGGUCCAGCGCCUGGAGCAGGACUUCAAGGUCACCCUGCAGCAGCAGAGCUCCCUGGACCAGUGGGCCACCUGGCUGGACAACGUGGUCUCUCAGGUCCUGAAGCCUCACCAGGGGAGCCCCAGCUUCCCCAAAGCCGCCCGCCAGUUCCUGCUCAAGUGGUCCUUCUACAGCUCCAUGGUGAUCAGAGACCUGACUCUGCGCAGCGCCGCCAGCUUCGGCUCGUUCCAUCUGAUCCGCCUGCUUUACGACGAGUACAUGUUCUACCUGGUGGAGCACCGCGUUGCCCAGGCAACCGGAGAAACUCCCAUAGCGGUGAUGGGAGAGUUCAGCGACCUGAGCUCCAUGAUGCCGUCGCUCCUGGAGAAGGAUGCGUCGUUCUCAGACGAGAUGAGCAACCUGGACGGCGACGGCACUCCGGCCGAACCGGCGGUGAAGAGGGAGAGGAUUGAAAUAGGCCACCCUCUGCAGGAAAUGUGAGUCCGGUCUGAGCGGACCGGAAGCAGCAGAACGAGUGCAAUGUAAAUAGAGAAGAGUGCAGAAGCAGUAGAAGUGUUUAUAAAGAUGGUCGACCCCCU